CAAAGAGAGAUAAAUACAUUCCCUUAUCUUUUUUAUAUAUAAAGAACAGUCUGUGGGUUUAAUAAUUCGCAUCGCUUGUCCGGACAUAGACACAGAAGAUGGAAGCUGUAAGAUGCAGAAGAGGCAGAGAGAACAACAAAAGUCCAGAGAGGAUUAUCAGGUCUUUGAAUCUUCAGCGGCUAGAUGAAGAGGAACUAGAAGAAGAGGUCAAGACAAAGAAACCCAUUUUCAGAAGAGUCCAAGUUGUCUAUUACCUCACUAGAAAUGGCCAUCUCGAACACCCUCACUUCAUUGAAGUCAUUUCUCCGGUUAACCAGCCUCUCCGGUUAAGAGAUGUGAUGAACCGGCUUACGGUUCUGAGGGGGAAGUGCAUGACAUCACAAUAUGCUUGGUCAUGUAAAAGGAGCUACAAAAAUGGGUUCGUGUGGAACGACUUAGCUGCAAACGAUGUGAUUUACCCAUCGGACUGUGCUGAGUAUGUGUUGAAAGGAUCUGAAAUCUCCGACAAAUUUCAAGAAGUACAUUCAUUGUCUGGUCCAAUUCAAGAAGCUCCAAAAAGUCGACUUCUCAGGUCAAAACCCAAACCUCAAAACAGAAGAACGUCGUAUGAUGAGUCAGAGCUUUACGCCGGAGCAGAGGAAGAAGAAGAAGAAGAAGACGGAGAGUACGAGCUUUACGAAGAGAAAACGAGUUAUACAUCAUCCACGACGCCUCAAUCUCGCUGUUCUCGAGGCGUUUCGACGGAGACAAUCGAAUCCACCGAACAAAAACCGAACUUGAGCAAGCUGACAGAACAAGAUUCGCAAGUACGGUCUGCCUCGUCCGAGUUAACUCGCUCUAACCCGGUGGUGGAGCCACGUCGUCGAGUCGAUGUUUCGACGCGGGUCGAGGACGGAGAUCCGGUGGAACCCGGGUCGGGUCGUGGGUCAAUAUGGCUGCAGAUGAUCUCGUGCGGGCACAUUGCCACCAAGUACUACGCACCGAGUGUGACGAAUCCGAGACAAAAGGAAGAGAGUCUUCGAAAAGGUGUCUUGUGCAAGAACAUAGUGAAGAAGACUGUCGUCGACGACGAACGUGAGAUGAUAAGGUUCAUGUCGGAGAAUCCAAGGUUCGGGAAUCCUCAGGCAGAGGAGAAAGAGUAUUUUAGCGGGAGCAUCGUCGAAUCGGCGAGCCAGGAACGAGUCACGGUUGAACCAUCGCUAAGACGGUCCAAUUCUUUCAAAGAGGAAAGAUCAAAGAUCGUGGAGAUGGCUGAUGAAACGAAGAAGAAAGAAGAAAGAUCGAUGGUGAAGGUGAAAUGUAUACCGAGAACGUGUUUGAUGUCAUCAUCGAAGCAAAUCAAGAAAUAAAAACAAAAAAAAAAAGGAAAAAUUUGAUAUGAUUAUGGAGUAGUACUUUUUUUAUAUUACUGUUACAGAUAGAUAUUAGAUGGUAGUAAAAUGAAUUUUAACGACUAGAGGUUUAUGUCUUUUAAUUUUAUUUUCGGGAAUAUAUUUUAUUUUCGGGAA